AAAUAAUAUGAUAUAAUGUAAUAUAUAUAACAUAUAUCAUAUCAUAAAGGUUUAUUUAAACAUCACUCCUCUGUUUCUCCUUUUCUACACUUUUCUGUUUCAUUUUUUUUUCUUUUACUUUUCUUUGGCGAACUUUGUACUUUUUAAAAUUAUUAUUAUUAUUUUAAUUCUUCUCGUUUUACUCCUUUUCGCUCUUCUCUACUUUCUCCUCUGCCUGUUUUUUAACCACUGCUGUGUUUCUGCACCACAGCCGGCGCGUCGGUACCGGAGCCAGCCGUCGGGCUCCCUGCGGGUUUUAUUGAGAAGCGCAGCCGGACUCGGCCGCCCUCUCCCGGCCAGCUUGACGCCGGCUGCCGCCUCUCUGCCUCCAUUCAUUUGGCUCCGUCGCAUCCAGCGGCCCUCCCUCCGCCUCUCUCCGCCUGGAAACAUGGCUGCUCCGGCGGUGCUGCUGAGGAGCUCCGGCCCGCCGCUCUGCCCGAGCUUCGCGGAGGUCUGCUCGUUCCUGGAGCGGUACGGACCGGCGCUGGACCUGCCCGAGAUGACGUUCCCGCAGAUGGAGCGCUAUCUGCGGGACACGACGACAGUUCCUAAGCCUCUGGUGGAGCUCCACGUCAAGCUGCUCAGGAAGCUGGGGAGGUCCGUGACCACCGACCGCUGGGAGAAAUACCUGGCCAAGGUGUGUCAGGAGCUGAACAGUACCUGGGCCUGGGAGCUGGAGCAGAAGGGCUACCAGGAGAUGUCCAUGGAGUGCAAGUCCAGCAUCCUGAAGUAUCUCUGCGAGUGUCAGUUUGACGACAACCUGAAGUUCAAGAUGGUGGUGAACGACGAGGACCCGGAGAAGAUGCGUCUGCAGCCCAUCGGUCGGGACCGGCAGGGCCUGAUGUACUGGCUGCAGCUGGACCAGGAGCAGAACAUCCGGCUGUACACGGAGGAGCAGGACGACCUGGACGGGUCCACCUGGAAGUGCAUCGUCAGGACUCGUAAUGACCUGGCCGAGGCUCUGGAGCUGCUGAAGGCUCAGGUUGAACCAAACCACGGUCAGGACCAGAACCAGGCUGGAUCCAGGAGCACCAGCCCCACAGAGAAGGAAGCAGGUGAUGAGGCCGUUGGAAGCAGCGACCCUGAACCCUCCAAAACUGCAGAACAACACAGUGACAGUAAGAAGGUCGAGUCUGUUCACGAAGAGAAACCUCCAGAACCAGCAGUAAAACAGGAAAACGCCGACGCUGCGGUGAAAGAAGAGACGACGCAUCACAAGCCGUCUGUCAUCGACAACCGCGUGAGCACCAUCACCACCGUCAUCAAAUCAGAACCGAAGGACUCUGCCGACGCCCCUAAAAACGCUGUAUCUGUUGUCAUGGCGCCCGGCGCUGCUGUGACAAAGCAGGAAGCGAACAGGGAGGAGGAGGCGGAGCGAGCCGUCGUCAGGAGCAGCCAGCAGGCCAAGAUACCGCUGAAGAAGAGGGAGCUGAAGCUGGCCGAGAGCUUCCACAGCAACCACCUCAACAACAGCACCAGCAGCAGCAUCAUCGUCUGCAACCCGGCCGCAAUCCAGAACAAGGACGGCCACGGGCGAGACGGGAAGCUGCCCAACUCGCUGGCGCCUCCCGGUGGUCCGGCCGCCUCGCAGCAGCAGCAACUUGUGACAUCGAAGCAAGAACUGACCAAUGGGAGAACGUCAGUGCUGCUUCCGCACAAAGACGGGCAGAACGGCGUCAUCGGGGUCAUCGGUCAGGUCGGCGUCAUUGGUCACAUCGGUGUCAUCCGAAGUCCGUCCGAGCGCCACAGAACCUCCGGUGCUGAACAGCACGAGCUAAACGGGCCGAGCUUGGACCUGCGGAGCUCCAGAGCCGUGGAGGAGGAGAGGGAGGUGAGCCGGCAGUCGGUACUGGUGAGGAAAGGACUUGCUGAUCCUCCUCCUGCAGCGACGGAGGCUCAAACUCCCAGAAAACCACCAUCGACCUUAAAACCAGAUCAACCGCCGGAAGCUGCAGAGAGACCAGUGGCAGCUGCUUCCUCACAAUCCACAGAGGAAACCAGGAGGACAGAAGGUCAGACUGGAAGGACGGCGGAGGAGCUGGUCGAUAAGGAGAAGAAAAGUCCUCAACAGGAGGAUGAAGAAGGGGAUGAAACGUCCAGGCCACAUGUCACAGAAGCAGGAAGUAAAGAUGACAACAAAAAGGAAGAAAAGAUGGAGGAAGAAUCUGGUGACACUGUUUCACCUCUAAAAGCAGAUCAGAAGGAUCAGAAGGAGCCUCAAGAUGGAGGCCUGAACGGUGGUGUGGCAGCCCAGGUGAGGCUGAAGGACGCUGGGCCAGAGGAGAGGAAGGGUCCCCUGGAGGAAGCUUCUUCUGAGCUCCAGAAAGAAGGAAUCAGGCUGAAGAUCAAGAUCCCUCCUCACCGGAGAAACAAGUUAAAGAAAGGAGGGAAGGAGGAGGAGAAGGAGAGACAGCAGGAGGUGCAGGAGGAGGGGAGGCCACUGAGGAGAUCUGCAAGGAUCUGCAGAUCAUCUGCUUUGCCAACCUGCAGGCCGAGCUCGAAGGUGGCUGAGAGCCAGAGAAAGAAACCACAAAGAAAACCGGCUCAGCCGACCAGAAGGAAGGAAGAAGAGGAGGACGAGGAGGAAGAGGAGGACGAGCAGGAUGAAGAGGAGCAGAGCUCCACUACAAAGAAAGACAGAAAAUGUGGACCUGUCGGACAAAUUAGGAAACGACGGGGUAAGCGGCGGCACCGACGCCCUCGAUGGUCCAACAUUCGUGCAAAGAGACGCAAACUGAACGAAGGCGGCGAGUUGGAGGACAGAGGCAGGAAGAGAGGCGAGGAGGAGAGCGAAGGAGGCAGCGGGUCUGAGGAGGACUCCUGUAAAUCAGAAGAGAUUCCCAGUGAGGACGCCUGCACUCACUGUGGUCUGCCCAACCAUCCUGAACUGAUCCUGCUCUGUGACUCCUGUGACAGCGGCUAUCACACCGCCUGUCUGAGACCGCCGCUCAUGCUGAUCCCAGAUGGAGAGUGGUUCUGUCCACCAUGCCAGCAUAAGCUGCUGUGUGAGAAACUGGAGGAGCAGCUGCAGAACCUGGACAGCGCUCUGAAGAAGAAAGAGCGAGCAGAGAGGAGGAGGGAGCGGCUGGUGUACGUAGGAAUCAGCGUGGAGAACAUCAUUCCUGAGGGAGACGAGGAGGAGGAGGAGAAGUCCACCAAGAAGAAAGAUCCUAAAAAGAGCAAAAAUCUGGGGAGGAGAUCGACCAGAACCAGGAAACACAUCAGCUACAGGUUCGAUGACUUUGAUGAUGCCAUUGAUGAGGCGAUAGAAGAAGACUUCAGGGACCUGUGUGGAGGAACUGGGCGGGGCAAAGACAUCACUGCCAUCCUGUCAGAGGACGGGAAGGAGAGCCAGCGGCCAAUCAGAAGCCAGAGUCACGCUGCCAGGAGCAGGAAGAGGCGGAGACUGAACGACCUGGAGAGCGACAGCACGGCGGCGGAGAGCGAAGACGAGUUCAUGAUCAGCAACAGCUCGGAGGAUGAAGAUUUCGGCGCCUCAGGGGCCGACGAUGACGAGGAGGAGGAAGAAGAUGGCGGCAGCGAUGUGGGCAGCUGGGACAGCGGGACACGCCCCCGCCGGGCGCUGAAGGCGGCGCCCAAACACAAACCAAACAAAACCCAACGAAGAGGCAGGAAGAGGCUGAGACGGCGGCGAAGACGCUCCUCUGAAGAAGAGGAGGAGGACAGCGACGAAGAGAUGGACUCGGAUCAGUUCAGCGACAUGACUGACAGCGACGCCGACAAUAAGAGGCGGGGCCUGAGGCGGGGACAGCGCCAGCAGGUCAACUACCGCGAGACGUCCGAGUCUUCAGACAACUCCAGGACGUCAACCCGACAGGAGAAGCCCAAACCCCGCGGUCGACCACGCAAGGAACAUCUAUCCAGCGACUACAGCGACGCUUCACCUUCCUCCAGAGACUCGGAGGAGGAGGAUGAUUAUGAAGACGAAGAGGAGGAUGACCACAGACGGAGAGUGAACCGGAGGAGGAGAGACGACGAAGACCUCCGCAGAAACCGGACGAGAGGGAAGCGAAGGAGGUACGAAGACGAGGAGGACGACGGAGAACGAGGCCGGCGGCUGAAGAGAAAGCUGUCGGAGGAGGAUGCAGACCGACGGAGGAGGUUAAAGAGAACGGACCGGGAAGAUGAAGACCCGGAGAAGAUGGGCCGAGGAAAGAGGAGGGAGAUGCUGUCGCAGCAGCGCCGCAAGCGCCUCGCUCAGAUGCUGAAGAAACGGCGACCUUCGACGGACGAAGAGGACGAGUCGGAUGAAUCGGAGUCGUCCUCAGAGGAAGACCGCCCGGUCCGCAAAAGACUCAACCGGAUCGACUCUGAUGAUGAUGAUGAUGAUGAGGAGGAGGAGGAGGAGGAGGAGGAGGAGGAGGAUGGGAGGCAGAAGAGCAGGAAGUGUUUGGAAAGGAAGACUGACAACAAGACCGACAGCGACGCUCAGGAAAAGGGGAGGGGCCGCAGCCUGUCUCCAUCAAACGGACAUCGGACCUCCAGAGGCCCAGGGAAGCCUGGGGCUGGGAGUGCCGCCGUGCCCAGGGACAGCGCAGGCUCAGGCAGGCAGGGCCAGCACAACGGCCCCCUACACCCAGAGGACGAGGAAGAGGAAGCGGAAGAGGAGGAGGAGGGCCAGACGGACUCUGUAAACUCAGCGCUGAACGCUCUGCAGUCAUGAUGGCUGCUGGUGUGAAUAACGCUUCUUUGCUUUUCUUUCCACCGUCACCUCUGCAACCCUCCACUUCCUGUCUUCUUCCUGCUGUCGUAUUGUGGUAGAGUGCAGUCCACCAUCACCAGAAACUCACGGUCACCUUCGCCUCCAUCACCGUCACCUCCGGCAGAACAGCGACCUGAAGCCUCCAGCAGCAGGACUUCACGGACGCACUCACGGACACGAUUCCCGACUUCCUCCUGAAGGUCCACGAGACGCGACCCAGUGAUGAGUCGGACUCAGGAGUUUGUUUGUAGUGUACCUCAUUCUAAAGCACUUCAUCAUUCUCAUAGCACUUAACAAGCCGCCGCCGAGGAGGGCGUCUGACCGAACACUGCACACCGGACCAGACCUGAUCCACCACAGAACCGGGUCAGUUCAACAGCAGUGUUCCUCCAUCUGUAAAGACAAUAAAGUCAAUUUUAGGCUUUGAGAGGACGUGACUCGUCACUAUCUCUAUCUGGUAUUUUAUACACAAGCAAUGCAUUCAGAAGGAAAUUGACAAUAGUAGACAAUUAGUUCUGAUCCGAUCACUUCUUGUAGAGAACGUUGUUCCAGACUGCAGAGCUGAUCUGCACCCACACGAGUCAAUCAGCCGCCGUGCAGGUCCGUCGGGCUGCUGCUGGCUGAGAAGGAUUCAGACCUGCUGACCUCCGAAUUUAGACAAGUUCACCAGAGACAAAAGUUUGGCCUUUGAUUGACAGGAAAAUGUUGAAGGUGAACUUACCUGCAGAGUUCUUAGCGGCUCCGUGAGGGAUCGUUCUGAUCCAGAUGUUCCAGCAGUGUUCGCUGUCAGACCGCUCAGAACCUCGAGCCGGCAGGUUCACGUUUGCUGUACAUAGUUUGCCUGUACGCUGUUCCUGUAAGAUAAUAGAUGUUCUGUUCUCUUA